UUGUCGAGAUGAAUCAGGCCUCACUGUAUCAGCACGCCAACCAGGUGCAGAGGCACGAUGCCAAAUUGAUACUGGACGAGUUUGCAUCCACCUUGCAGUGGCGCGCCGAUGGCGAGGACGCCCUCCUGGACGUGGGCUCGGGAUCUGGAAACGUGCUCAUGGACUUCGUAAGGCCGCUGCUGCCGGCUGGCGGCCAACUGGUGGGCACUGACAUCUCCAGCCAGAUGGUGCACUAUGCCAGCAAGCAGUACCAGCGGGAGGAGCGGACCAGCUUCCAGGUGCUGGACAUUGGCUGCGAGCGGCUGCCCGAGGGAUUGGGUGGCAGAUUUGAUCAUGUCACCUCGUUCUACUGCCUCCACUGGGUGCAAAACCUGAGGGCCGCACUCGGCAACAUCUACAGUCUGCUGAAGCCCGAGGGUGGCGACUGCCUGCUGGCCUUUUUGGCCUCCAAUCCGGUCUACGAAGUGUAUAAGAUACUUAAAGCGAAGGAAAAGUGGUCGACCUAUAUGCAGGAUGUGGAGCGGUUUAUCUCCCCGCUGCACCACAGUCUAAAUCCUGGCGAGGAGUUCAGCCAGCUGCUGAACGAUGUGGGUUUCGUGCAACACAAUGUGGAGAUACGCAACGAGGUGUUUGUCUAUGAAGGCGCCAAAACGCUAAAGGACAAUGUGCAGGCCAUUUGUCCUUUUCUGGAGCGGAUGCCUUCGGAGUUGCAUGAACCGUUCCUGGACGACUUCAUGGAGAUCGUUAUAUCCAUGAAUCUGCAGCAGGGCGAUAAGAAUGAGGAUCAGAAGUUCCUAUCCGCCUACAAGCUGGUGGUGGCCUAUGCUCGCAAGACACCUGAGUUUGUGAACAACGUUCUCCUGGAGCCUCCACACCAAAAGUUGCCCAAGGGAAUAAAUUAAGCUACAGUAAUUACCUACAGUAAUGACCUACAGAGUCUAUAAAUGCCAAAUAAUGUGCUUGACCUAUUAGAUUAAAUACACAAAGUUCCUACGAUUGGAUAAGGAUACAUCUAA